AUUGUAAAUGAUAACUUAUUACGCAUGCCAACAAUCAAACCUACUUUCCUUUAUGGAUUUUGAUCAAGGGACGCAGACGAGUGCAUAAAAUGGCUGCCGCGGUCGUUCCACCCGCCUCUACAUCAAAUCAAACAAAUCUGGAAAAAAUAGAAAGUUUCAUCAACGAUUCGAGUUAUAAGGAAAUAUUAGAAAAUUCCGUGAACUAUAAUACGCGAUUAUGCAUCGAAAGGAGAUUAAGGUUGCCUUUCAUCGACACCCAAACGGGUGUCGCCCAAAACCACUGCGCCCUUUUCAUGAACAGACGGCAAAGGAUACCGGGAUUAUUGCCUGGUCAAAUUUACACGUAUCCUAGGCAACGAUGGAGGAAAAAGAGGAGGCAAUAUCUGACAAUGCAUUCCAGGGGAUUCCACAGGGCUUCAGAUGUUUUGGAUGGUGAUAUAGACAUGCACAGUAUUUCACAGAUUGAAAAUCCUGCUCUGCAGGACACUGACAGCAAAGACAGUCAAUUGUUGAAGGAUGAUGUGGCUAAGGAAUGGUUUUACGAUGAACAAGAUAUGCUUGAAAUAGAUCCAUAUGAUGAACCUGAUCCAGAUUCUGAUUUAGAUUAUGAGGAGACUUAUAAGAGGAGUAAACGGAGAAAGGGAGUUGGCAGGGGUAGAGGUGGAGUUGAUUCUCCCUCAACUCCUGGUCGCAGAAAGGGCCCUGGUAGGGGUAGGAAAAAGGCUGCUCAUAAUUUUGAUCCCACCCCUGGUGAUCCAGACAAACCGUUUGCUUGUGAACUGUGCGGAGCGCGUUACAAGACACGGCCCGGUCUGACGUACCACUACGGCCACUCGCACAAAGAGGGCGCUAGCGACGACAAUUCGCGCGACAGCACCGCCGCCGCCUCUGCCGCCCCUCCGACCGCUCCGCAACAACAACCGCCGCCCCCACCACCGAACAUGAUGGUGGGCGGCAUCGGCGGCCCGCCCCCGCUCAUGGGAGGACCGCCGAUGGGGCCGGGGGGACCGGUGGGAGUAGGGGGGCAGCCGCCGCCGCCGAACAUGAUGGGCGGCGGUGGUAUCGUGCAACCGCCGCCUAUGCCGCCGCUCGUGGACGGCCAGCCGCCCAACCUCAAUCCGAAUCCGCUGGGACCACCUGUGUAUCAGGACAGUUACGUUUCAUUUUUGAACGCAUCACCACCCGGGACUCCGGGUCGCAGGGGUCGCCACCCGAACCCUCAAGGCAUGCCCCCAGGGCCAGGGCAGAUGCCACCCGGCAUGCCUCCGAUGCCGCCGGGGGGGCCACCUCCAGGCCACCCCGGGCACCCGCUCCAAGCGCCUCCGAAUCUCCCCCCAAACUUGCCCCCGCAGCAGCCGCCUAUGAUUAUGGACGACCCCACAAUGCCGGUCCUGAUGCCCGAGAAGUCGCUGGUCGAUCUGCCCCCGCACCCGCCGAUGAUGAUGAUGGGGGAACCCCCGAUGGAGAAGAAGAACGCCGCGCCCAGUCCUUACUGCGAUUUUUGCCUGGGCGACACGAAUCAGAACAAGAAAACCGGGGGAAUGGAGGAGCUGGUUUCGUGCAGCGAUUGCGGGAGAUCAGGUCAUCCAUCUUGUCUUCAAUUUACAGCAAAUAUGAAAAUAUCUGUGAAAAAAUAUCGCUGGCAAUGCAUCGAAUGCAAAUGCUGUUCUAUGUGUGGAAAUUCUGAUAAUGAUGAUCAACUUCUUUUCUGCGACGACUGCGACAGAGGCUACCACAUGUACUGUCUGUCCCCCCCUCUGGUGAAUCCCCCUGAAGGAUCAUGGUCCUGCAAUUUGUGCAUCGAACAAUUUCACAAAUAAAAAAAUACAUAAUUUUUUAUUUAGCAUUAUUAUAACUUUUUUUUUAAUUGUAUAGGUACUAGUACUAGAAUUAAGCUAUAGGUACUUAAAAACAAACUGUGAACUUAGUACUUAAUUGUUACGUUAAUAAAAGAGGCCUAUUUUUUAUUUAAAUUAAAAACAUGUGUCAGUUUUUUAUAUGAAGUCCAUUUUUUACCUCCUUUUUUAAUUUUAAAUAUUAAACUGUGACAAUAUUUUAUAUAAAUAUAUUUUUCUUGUAAAUUAUCCC